AUGAGGCUUCCGCGCUUGUUUUCAGGGAGUUAGUGCAGAAGGGAGCUGACUUGGUGCUCUCAGAGCCUCGGCAGUGCUUUAAGCAGCUUCCAUUGUUAUCUGCAGGUAGGCAACAAUGGCAGGUGAAGACUGUGUAAGAAAACGCCAGUCUGGCUCCACUACAACCUUCAAGACCCCUGAGAAUGAAGAAACGCAGAGGAGACCUGAGAGUGAGAGGUCGUUUCAAAAUUCAAGCAAUGGCCGGGUUGAUCUUGACCAUGUGAUAACAAGAAAAAUGCAGCUAAUAGCAGAAGCAGAGCAAUUGAAGCCAGCUUUUAUGAAGGAAGUAGACAGUCACUUCACAGAGUUUGUGAACAGUUUGGUGGCAAAAUCAGCACUCCUGGAUUCUUCAACUUCAGCCUCUCACUUCCCAGCUUCCAGCUCAGAGAAGGAACAGCACAAAGCCAAGACCUUGAGGGCCCCUCCAGAACAUGGGAAGAUCUUUACUGCCAGGAGGUCCCUCUUGGAUGAGCUGUUUGAAGUGAGUCACAUCAGGACGAUCUACCACAUGUUCAUCGCUCUUCUCAUCGUCUUCAUCCUCAGCACACUUUUAGUAGACUUCAUUGAUGAAGGAAGGCUGGUCCUAGGAUUUGAUCUCUUGGUCUUUGUUUUUGGGAAGUUCCCAGUCGUCUUCUGUACUUGGCUGUGCAUGUUCUGUGCAACGGUUUUUGUUCCAUACAACCUUUUCAUCUGGUGGGCCCAAGGCCACUGCAGUUCCUCCCAUCGUGUACUCCGCUCUCUUUUCUAUGGGAUGUUGUUCACAGUCUUCCAAACAGCUGGGCUUGGAUUUGGACCCACCUAUAUUGCUGUAUCAUACGCCCUGCCUCCCGCUUCCCGUUUUAUUGUAAUACUGGAACAGGUUCGUCUUGUUAUGAAGGCUCAUUCAUUUGUCCGGGAGAAUGUCCCCAGAGUCCUGUCCUCUGUAAAGGACAAGUCCAGCACAGUACCUAUUCCCAGAAUUUCUCAGUACCUCUACUUCCUCUUUGCUCCCACCCUCAUCUACAGAGACAACUAUCCCAGGAAUCCCGUGAUAAGAUGGAGCUAUGUGGCUACCAAGUUUGCCCAGGUGCUUGGUUCACUUUUCUAUGCCUACUACAUCUUUGUGAGACUCUGCAUUCCUCAGUUUCGCAACAGUAGUCAAGAAACCUUCAAUCUUCGAGGGCUGGUCCUCUGUAUCUUCAACUCCAUUCUGCCAGGUGUACUGAUUCUCUUCCUGGUUUUCUUUGCGUUCCUUCACUGUUGGCUUAAUGCAUUUGCUGAGAUGCUGCGCUUUGCAGAUAGGAUGUUCUACAAGGACUGGUGGAACUCCACUUCCUAUGCAAACUACUACCGAACGUGGAAUGUGGUAGUACAUGACUGGCUCUAUUACUAUGCCUACAGGGACUUCCUUUGGUUCUUUGGUAAGAAGUUCAAAGCAGCAGCUAUGCUAUCUGUCUUCACAGUGUCAGCUGCUGUGCACGAAUAUGUUCUGAGCAUCUGCUUCGGCUACUUCUAUCCAGUCCUCUUUUGCCUGUUUAUGUGCUUUGGAAUGGUCUUCAACUUCAUCCUUAAUGAUCGUCGGAAAGGGCCUAUCUGGAACGUGAUCAUGUGGACAUCCCUCUUCCUGGGCCAAGGUGUCAUCAUUUGCCUCUACAGCCAGGAGUGGUAUGCCCGCCAGUACUGCCCUAUGAAAAAUCCCACAUUCCUGGACUACUUAAAACCACGCUCAUGGUCAUGUCAUAUGAAGAUGUAAAAAAUAGUAUGCUCUGGCUGUGUCAUCACAGAAAAUCAGUUAUCCUCCAAGUAUUUGGACCAGUGACCUAACUCACUACGGACUUUUUCUAAGGGAAGUUGUGCCUCCUGAUUAUUGGGGAGAAACUGUAAUUUUUUUAAACAUUAAUGAGGCAAACCAGUUGACCUGGAUUGCAACAGGCUUCAUAGGCAGCAUCUACUACAUGCUGUCCCACUUUGAGCCAUUUCCAUGCCAGUAAAACAUUGAGCUGAAGGUGGAGUCUACUGGAAUCCUACUCAUCCAGGGAUCCCUCAAGCUGCUGCUUCUCUGGACAAUAGAUAGCCUAGUCAGAUUUUUGCUAGUAGCUCAUUGUUGGCCUCCGUCCAUCUUCCUUAGCCAUCCCUUUGCAAUCUUUUUUUUCUCCCUUUUGGCAAUGGGAUGUCUAUAAUACAAAACUUACAUUCUUUGUGAUCUUGUCCGCUGCUAUGGUGCGGACAAGUGGCAGAGCAACAGGAUAUUUGCUUCCUUGCUCUGAAAAUAGCCAAAGUAUUCCUGGAUGGUUUUGAACUGUAUCUAUGUAUGUUGGCUGCCUACAGAUUUAAAAUGGGCAGAGGAAGAGGGGAUUAUCAGUUUACUUAUGGCUUCAUUGGAGAAUCAGGUUCAGAAGCAGGGCACAGCAUGUGCAGUCCUCAUAUGACUUUUUACACUGAAAAUUUAUGUUUUUUCUGUAUUCAUUAAGUUUCUAACUGACUUAUAGCAAUUUUGUUCUCUGAAAGCCUUUGAGACUUGAGGAAUAGAUUUUAUUCUAGCUUUUCCUUUCUCUUGCUUCAGAUAAUCACUUCUUUUAACACAAUUAACUUGUAAAAGAGCUUUUGUUUUGUUUUGGCAGGUGCUUUAAGGUGUACAAGUUGUUAAGGCUUUCUUUAGUGCGAAAGAUUUGAAAUGCUGCUACCCAACUGUAAGGAAAUGCAAUCGACUUCACAGGUACAUAGUGUGUUCUCAUCUGAAAUCGCUAUGUCCAGUUCAAUAAGCCAGGAUGUCCUGCUGCCUCUUGCCAAUGUGUGUUGUAGCAGCUCCUAAUGCAGUCAGUGGGAAAUGUGGGUUGAGCCAGUGGCUGGAGUCAGAGCUGCUUUUUCAUCUGCCUGUGUCUGCUCUCCUGUCAGUGGGGACUUUGGGUGCAGAUCAGUUUCCUGGGUAAUGCCCUCUUUCUGAAGAGGUAGGACAUCCUCCCAUACACACUGCUAAAGGGAGAAUCAUUAUGUGAAUUUGGUGUUACAAUAUCUGUUAUUUAGGCAGAGUCCCCUUCAGUUUUCUUCUGUCAGAUGAUAAGCACAACUUCGAUGGUAUCUGGGUACAUAUCUCUCCAGUUUUACUGGAACUGUGGCUCCCAUUAUUGGAGAGGGAGGGUAACCUGGUGGAGGUACCCUAACUUUGGUCACAGGCAUUUCUGAACUACUCGAGUGUUCUUUAUUGGCACUUUUUGGUGACAGCUUUUCCUUACUGACCCUCAGCAUAGGUAUUUGAUGCCAGCAGUAUGUUGACAGACUUGUCUCCCAAUCCACUUCAGACUGUCUUCUGGGUUUCUGUUUUUACAAAUCUGAGUCAAAAGUAAUUUCAUAAAACCUAGGUGAUACUUAAACUCUUCCAGGUUUUCAGUUUUCUUUAAGAAGGAAUCCCACUCUUCAGAAAGGAUGUCAGGUCAAAUUUGCCAAAUACAGUGUGUAUGUGGCUCUCUUCUGAAAAUAUCUGGUAUUAGAACUUGUUUGUUGAAACAGAUGGGUUAAUUUCAGAGGAAGGAGUUCAUAUAUAUACUCAAACUUGGCAGUAUUAAUAUAUAAAAUCCUGAGAACAAAAUUAAUUACUUCAUCCUCAUUAUGUUUGAUUUAAUCUGAAAUCUUUCACCAUACCUUUUGUGGGAGGAAGGGACAGAAGUGCUGAAGUAACUAAGCUUCCUUUUGGAAAAAAAAAAAACAAAACACCACUCUCGCCAAAUUUUGUGAACUCCUUAGUAUAGGAUGAAAUUCAGUCCAGUGCUUUGUGGUGCUCAAAACACUUUUGUACAGAUGUAACUGCAGUCAAAUAGGGUGUGAUGGAUUAGGGACUUGUCUUCUUGAUGCCUGUGUAAGGUUUUGCUGCUGUCUCAGCAUUCUGAAAUGGAGAUCAAAUUAUGGCACUUUGUGCCAAGUUCUGGUGUUUUCUCUUGCAGCUGGAAUUGUCAUAUUCCUAACAAAGAAUAUCAUUUACUGUGUCAGCAUUCUUGCUGUUUGAAGCCUGAGGGCUUGAGCAUCUGGCAAGCAAAAGGCAACCAGAAAGGAAUGCUCAGCUAUUGGAACUAGCCUUAGUUUUUGACAAGUUGAUGUUUUUAGCCUUGUAGAUCAAGGCAUCUGGCAACCAUGCUGUCAGGGCAUUAACAGUUGGGAUUACUUUCAAUUUCAUGGGUUUUUAAAAUUACUUUUGAAUGUGGUCUUAUUUUCAUUUUUGUCAAGAGUGCUGGAGGGGAAAUACCAAGUCUUUUGCACACUGUAUGUCUAAUUAGUCAAUUACACUGCGUUUGUUUGAGUUUUCAUAGGCUGUGAGUGCCAGAGCUAGCAGUAUGGUGUUCUGGUCAAUAAUGAGGAUGCUAAGGUUCAUAACCUGCCCUUCGCAAGUUCUUAAUAAUAAUACAUACUGUUGUCUGUGGCUCUUUCCAACACAAGAACUGUGCAGCUUGCUUCCACGGUAACUCCCUCAGUUUUAAAGUGGGAAGCCUCCAGCUUUGGAAUGGCAGCCAGUACAGCUGCAGCUCCUUACUCAGCAACAUCACAGAAAUCAGUAUUAAUAUGGUGAAAUGUGUCCAGGUUUUCACGUGGAUAACAGUUUGUUCUCAGGAAGACUGAACCUGCGCAGAGUCUUCAUGCCUAGUACGUCCUUUCUGUUGGGGUAUUUUGGUUCCAGGCUCCUGGGGUGGAGCAGCCCUGCAUCUGAGCUGCUGUGUGCUACCCUGUGACAGCUGUCCAAGACAUGUGCUACGUGCUGUGAUGGGAGGGGGGGGAAAUCCUGAUGUAUUUUUCUAAUCAGAAACGGCAUGCGUUACAUGAAUCGGCCCACCUGCUAAAUGAAAGCCCAACUGUGUGAGCUCCCACCUUCUGAAUGUGGCACGGCAUGAGCAAGCCCCCGUGCUCUGCAGCAUCAGGGUUAUGAGCCGGCUCCUGGUCUCUCGUCCCAGCCUCUGAGCCUUCGUCCUGGUCUUUCCUCCUGCAUUCACAGCUGGGGUGAGAAGCCACGGCUGCCCCUUGCCUGCUGCAGCAGAGCACUGGGUCACAGGCUGGGGACUGCCUGGCAGCCCCCACAUGCUGCUGCAUGCCCAGGCCCCAGCACCAGCCCUUCCCUGUAUGCGACCUGUACCCUGUCCUGUCACGCAGAAGAGCUGUUUAUAAUCUCCUGUAUUGCAGCAGUUGAAAUAUAUUUUGCUAUUAAGGGAG